AGAACAUUUUUAUUUAAAUUGCCAUUUUAAAUAUCAGUCGUUUUAUCUUAAAGCUUGUCCUGGGUUUAACAAAGUUUAACUCACAUCCAUGCAUUGUCUCUCCAAACACAGCAGGCAGAAAUUCUCCUUUGAUUGGAUUAAGAUAGAUAAAGUCUGCUUAACCGUGAAUCGCUAAUUGUCAAAUCCAUGCCAAUUCGGUACCUAGGAGUCAAUUUUUUUGCCUGAUAAACAAGAUAAUUGUGUGGACCGUUUUAAGGUGGUUAGUCAUCUGCUAAAUUGGCUGAAAUGCGGAUUACCCAGUUCCUUCGUCGUACAGAGUUGCAUUCUGAGGAGUGGGGCUCGGGGAUACAGCCCCCAGAAAUUCUGAACCUCGGUCCCGCAAUCUACCACACCACCUAACCUUGGAAGGCCAAACUAACUUCACUAUUUUUGACAAAAUGCUUUUGUAAUGGCUCAUUCGGGCCGAGAGGGAAAUUCUACAAUUCUCCAACCCACACCUCCAGCAAGGGGAGAGCUGCUUGAGUGGUGAGCACAAGCUGGGCACCUCCGGCGUCUCCAGGAAACGUGAAGAGGCCCUUUCUUCGGAGGGUACAGAACUUCAGGAUCAGGGCCCAACGGAGACUGAGCGGACUUAACCCUAACUGUGCACAGGACCGCGCUCUCCGACCCCUUUGUUGCCUCUCCCAGAGGUACGGGCUGCGCCUCAAGCCGGUAGUCUCUCGCAGGGCCUGCAGCCGGCAGCCGCUGGAGCAGGAGGAGGAGAAUAGGGACUCUCUGGACCAUCACAAACGCUGUCGCGCGUGCGCAGGGAGGAACCGAGUUCGCGGCGAAGUCAGUUUCCUGACUCUUGGAGGAAGUGGCCUUGUGUCACUUCCGGCCUCCCUUUAGCUGCCAUCUUGCGUCCCCGCGUGUGUGCGCCUAAUCUCAGGUGGUCCACCCGAGACCCCUUGAGCACCAACCCUAGUCCCCCGCGCGGCCCCUUAUUCGCUCCGACAAGAUGAAAGAAACAAUCAUGAACCAGGAAAAACUCGCCAAACUGCAGGCACAAGUGCGCAUUGGUGGGAAAGGAACUGCUCGCAGAAAGAAGAAGGUGGUUCAUAGAACAGCCACAGCAGAUGACAAAAAACUUCAGUUCUCCUUAAAGAAGUUAGGGGUAAACAAUAUCUCUGGUAUUGAAGAGGUGAAUAUGUUUACAAACCAAGGAACAGUGAUCCACUUUAACAACCCUAAAGUUCAGGCAUCUCUGGCAGCGAACACUUUCACCAUUACAGGCCAUGCUGAGACGAAGCAGCUGACAGAAAUGCUACCCAGCAUCUUAAACCAGCUUGGUGCGGAUAGUCUGACUAGUUUAAGGAGACUGGCCGAAGCUCUGCCCAAACAAUCUGUGGAUGGAAAAGCACCACUUGCUACUGGAGAGGAUGAUGAUGAUGAAGUUCCAGAUCUUGUGGAGAAUUUUGAUGAGGCUUCCAAGAAUGAGGCAAACUGAAUCGAGUCAACUUCUGAAGAUAAAACUUGAAGAAGUUACUGGGAGCUGCUAUUUUAUAUUAUGACUGCUUUUUAAGAAAUUUUUGUUUAUGGAUCUGAUAAAAUCUAGAUCUCUAAUAUUUUUAAGCCCAAGCCCCUUGGACACUGCAGCUCUUUUCAGUUUUUGCUUAUACACAAUUCAUUCUUUGCAGCUAAUUAAGCCGAAGAAGCCUGGGAAUCAAGUUUGAAACAAAGAUUAAUAAAGUUCUUUGCCUAGUA